AUGGAUAAGACCUCGCCACUGCCGAUCGUCGCGCUCUGUGCCGGGGCAUCUAUCGGAAUCUGGCUCUGGUGGCGGAAGCAAAAGGCUGCAUCUUCCACAGACAUCCCUGUGGCAGAGGGUGGCCUGCCUCUUCUGGGCCAUGCGUUGCAGUACCAGGAGGAUCCGACGGCCUGCAUUCGGAGACAGGAGCUGCUUGUGGGAAAGGUUUUCUCUUUGAACUUGGCUGGCCGUCGCAUGGUUGUGAUCGGAUCCGACUCUGAAGCCAUGAAGCAGGUGACCAUGCAACCCCCUACGGUCCUCUCAGCGCAGAGAGCUGUUGCAGAGAUUGGCUUCGAGUACCUCCUCGGUUCGACAAACGUCUACAAGGGGACCACUUUUCAUAAACGGGUUCUCAAAGAGGAGAUUGCACCCAAAGCCAAGCUGGAGGCCAUGUUGCCCACCCUUUUCCAAGCUUUAUCUGCUGGCCUGGAUGAAGAGUCUCGCCUCAUGAGAGCUACAUCGGAGGCUUUUCUCUCGCAUCCCGACGCCUUUGUCUUGGUUCGCAGAUGCAUUCUACGUGCCUCUUUAGAUGUGCUGGUCUCCCCGGACCUGCUUCGGAGGGAUCCUUCUCUUCUGACUGCGCUCAUGAGCUUUCAAGAUCGUGUGGAAGACGCCACGGCAAAGUCAGCCGUCCUUCCUCGCUUUCUCUCCCUUCCACUCUGCUUGUGGCCCAUGGCCCUCUCAAGGAAGCGCUUGUCCCGGCGCCUUCGGCGCUUAAUGGAGGGCAGCACAGAGGGCACGGAGAGAGGGCCUUGGCUUCGAGCCUUCCACUCCGAGCAGACCUCCCCCGAGGACGCCGCCGACUUUGUCAUCGGUCUCGUUUUCGCAGCUCACAAAAACCCGGCCAUUGGCGCUGCGCAGUCGCUCUGUUUCCUUCGGUCUCUGGACGAGGCCACACAGAGAACUGCCUUGGCAGAGGCCAAGAAGCUGAAAGCUGCCAUGACACCCGGCAGGGAGCCCUCAAAGGGAGCUGAGGAGGAGCUGCUUUCGGCGACAACUCUCCGCAGGUGUGUGCUCGAAACCAUGCGGCUUACUGCGCACACCCUGGGAGCCCUGCGCUAUGCCAGGGAAUCCAUAGAAAUUCAGACGAAGUCUUCUCGCUUGACGAUUCCUCAAGGAGCGACGAUUGCUAUUGCCCACAACUCCACUCACACUGAUACAUCUGUCUGGGGCGCAGACGCCUCCGAAUUUCGACUGGAGCGGCCCGAGUGGGUGCGGAAUGGAGACCUUGCUUCUCCUGUAGAUGCCUACAAGCUUACAACCUUCUCACAGGGUGUCCACAAGUGCCCUGGUGAGAAGUUCUCUUUGGCGGUCAUGGAGAUGAUGCUCUGCAUUCUGCUUGUUCGAGAUAGCCAGCUUCUACAAGUACCGAAGCUCUCCUUCGAGCGUGCUACGCUGGCCCAGCGCCAGGGUCGAGUGCCUGUCACCCUUCGCAGCGAAGUGAAGACCUGA